AUGCGUACGCUGGGGUCAGUGGAACCAGGGGGAGGAUGCACGAACGCCAAGGAAUUCUGCAACAUGUUCAACAGGAAAUCCGGUGGAUCAUCUUGCCCAACGUCGGAUCGGCAAUGCGGAUCGUGCUUGGACGGGUACACAUCGGAGGAGUGGUCUGGAGGGAGGGAGGUGGACGUGUGUCGGCCGACCGGAUCGUCCGAGUCCGACCGGGAUCCCGACCGUCCCAACGACCUUGCCUCGGGAGAGACAUCGCAAAGUCAAGGAGAAGGGAAGAUCGAGAGCAUCGUCGUCCCGAUCGUCGUCGUCGUCUGCUGCGUUCUCAUCUCCGUCGGAGUCUGGCUAGGGUACAAGAAAAGGAGAAAGAAGCCAGAGGGGACAGACGCGGAAAGACAAGGAGAAUCGGAGGGAGACGCGAACAUCCUCGAUUCUCGGUCGUCCACCUCUUCGUUCCGAUUCGAUGAAACGCCCCUGCUUGCCCCCGCCCACAAUAGACCACAACAGCUCGAUGAAGGAAUGGAGGCUCUUGAGAACCGAGAAGGAAGUGAAAUUGCUCGGGAGAAGAAGCCGUCCGCAAUUCAUGUAUUCAUUUCCCAAGAGGCCGAGAGACUUCUCAAGGCACAACCAGAGGAUUGGGAAGAGUACCAAAACAAUCCUCGUUCGGCAUACAAUAACGUGUUACGGGUCGGAUACGAAAACGAAUCGAUUACACCUCUAGCCCUCUCUACUGACUUGUCAUCCAUGGCUACGACGAGGCUUGCCAGUCCGACACCCUUUCCUCCAUCCUCCAACCGGUCAUCCUCUCUUUCACCCUCCAACCGGUCAUCCUCUCCUUCACCCUCCAUCCUCUCAUCGCCAGCUCCUUCUCCCUCGACUCCGACGUCCUCUCCUCCACCACCAGGAUCAGCCGGAAGGGAACGGGAAUCUGGGAGGCAGUGGAGAUCGACCACGUCCGAGAGGCACUUUCAAGAGACGCGAACCUGGUUCUUCUUCGGAGGUCAAUACAUCAGGUCUCAUUUUUCUCAAUUUCGUCACCAAGAGACCGGCCAGCACUCAUGA